UGCUGCUGCUGCUAAAUGUACUGAUGCUACAGCUCCUGCUGCUGCUGCUAAUUCUGUUGCUUCUCCUUCAGUCGCUCUGGUUUGGUGAAGCUGAAGAUGUGAUGAUUCUCAGAGUUGUGUCUGUUGCUGCUGCCAACUGCAUGUUUCCGAGUGUCUUCUUUAAAUGAACAAAAUCUGUUUUUGUUUUUGUCAGUUUGGAAAAAGAUCUGUGAGUUUUCUCCUCAGUAACAGAUAAUGCCUUCUUCAGGGAGAGUCUGGUCCAUGUAGAGAGAACGAGGAGGAAGAAUCUGAUCCAGAAUCAGUCUUGGUGUUAGUGGUGUGUGUUAGUGUUGGUGACAGCUGACCUCUGAACUCUGCGUCUCUGCUUGUCUUCACUGGACACUGUCUCACAGAAGAUCAUGAACUCUUCUUCUCUCCCUCGCUGACCUUCAGUUCAAUCCUUCCUGUCCACUGGCUGAUCUUUCCAGGAACCAGAACUGGAACCGACUCCACUUAUCAGUCAGGGCCUCUGGUCUGCACUGAGAAAUGUGACGACAACAGGUUCAACAUCAUGUCACCCUUUUCAUUUCAAUGAAGUGUCGAAAGGUCACUCAUUUAAGGUUAAACUAUACCAACAUCGCCCUCUGCUGGAUGCUGUUAUAGUAAUGAGCUGCUGUGAGGUUGUUCUGUUUGUUUCACUUUUCCUUCUAAAACCCAACACUGAUCUGAGAUCUGGUCUCCUUAGAGUGGGCAACAGUUGGAAAUGUGAACCCAGAACAAACCGACCAAACUCUGCUGGAUUUGACUGAACAUGAAUCAGUGAUUGGAGCAGGAGAAGUGUCAGGGACUGUUUCCUUUCAAACCUGUCCUGAAGACCACAUGUUUAAUGAAGGGCUGAGAAAAAAAUAAUGGGAUAAACUCCUCCUCCUUUCCCCUCACUCCCUGAUUCUCCUCCUCCUCCUUCCCACGAGGAUAAAAAACAUCGGGCUCAUGACUCAGGACUCCUCCCUGCUGGCCUCUCCGAAAUUCCCCUUCUUUUCCUCCUGCUCCCCUUCUCCUCUCUGUUGUCAGAUCUGCAGCUGAAGAACAGAAAUGGUGAGAUCUGCUGUUAUAGAGUUGAAUUCCUGGCAGCCAAUCAUCUACUUUGUGGGUCAAGUCCAGAAUAAUUCCUGAAAAAAAAAAUCCAGAUAAUCGAGGCUGGCUGGUUGUCUUCCAGAGCAGAUUUCCUCUCAGCAAAAAACAAAAAACAAAAAUGAGAACUCUCACAGGAACAGUCAGACCAUUCCAACGACAACAAGUCAGAAAGAAAAGGUGUGUGUGUGUGUGUGUGUGUGUGUGUGUGUGCACGUGCAGGCCUGUGUGUCAGUGUCUGUGUGUUCGGUCCUUGCUGCUUGUCUGUCUAAGGAACUCCAUCAGUUUGUCCAAUCAAGGGGUAGACAACAAAAACUGAAUACGAUCAAUACAUUUGGUCACCAGCAGAGGGCAGUACACUACCGUCACUGGCUCAUCAUUGUUUUCAGAGAUAAUACAGCUCAGACAUUUUUUUAACCAGACUGUCCUUAAAAUGAAGAAUGUUAGUGUCAGGCUAAUCCAGACUAAUCCAGACUAAUCCAGACUAACCUGACUGAAUGUUGUGACGGACUGGAAUCAUGGCUGCUUCAGAUAUGGCUGAACUGGAUUGUUGUUGUUGUUGUCAUCGUUGAUCUGAAGUUUUGUUUUUUUCCCCCUCUUGUCUUAUAUGCAAAAAACAUAUCAACAAUUACAAUAAUUAUUAUUAUGUUAUUUUAUGGUUAUGGGUGUAAAAGUGUGUGUACGAGUCUGUGCAGGUGUAUGUGUGUGUGUGUGUGUACGUGUUUGUGUGUGUGCAGAUCUUUUCUGUCCACCAUCAGCCAGAACUGAUGUAAUGUGAACACAAUCACUUCCAGAUGACUCAAAGUGUGUGUCUUACUGUUAUGUGUGUGUGUGUGUGUGUGUGUGUGUGUGUGUGUGUAGAGGGUUGAAUGUCGGAGAGAAAACCUGAGUAUGGGAGUUUCCUGUUCACUGCACAGAAGAAAAGAUGGGAUUGAAGGAAAACAGUAUUCUCUCUCUCUCUGUCUCUCUCUGUCUCUCUCUCUGUGUGUGUGUGUAUCUGUGUGUUGGAGAGAAUUUUAUAAGAAACUAAAUACAUCUAAACACCUACAUACGAUCCUGUUCACAUCUGGAUGUUUUUUAAAUUAAUAGAAUAAAAAUGUUUAUUAUGUUUCUCUUUUGUUUCUUUAUUUCUAACAAUAAAUUAAAACUAAAAUAUAAAGGAGGAAUAUUAUAUUAUAUUAUAUAAAUAUUAGUACAUAUUUGGUACAUUGGUUAUGCUGUAACCAUGGUAACAGAUUAAACAGGAAGUGUGAGCAGCUGAUGAGUGUCACUGUCAGAGAAUCUGAUUAACAUGUGAGGCAGAACAGGAAGGAGAGAAAUGUGCAGUCUCUGCAGCAGGAAAGCAAGCACAGAUGCAUGAUGGGAAAUGAAUAGUCCAAACCUUUCAUUUUGUUUAUAUUUGAAGAAUAUAAUAUAUAUAUACCCCAAAUAUCAAAGAUUUUCUUAUAAAUAAAAAAAGUAUUUCUGGAGUUUUGAGAAAAACUUAUACGAAAUUCAUUUUCUUUUGCAUAAAACGUUUCAGUUCUUAACGUGGCCACAGGACGGCAGCAAAGCUCAGCUUUCUGCAGACAGCUCUGCCUAUCCUUUAUUUUGCGCUUAUUCCAACAUUAUUUUUAAAUAAUCUGUUAUUUGUUUUGUGUAACGUUUAAAUAUUUCGUCAAACUCACUUUUCUACACCAGCUUUGGUUUCUUUUUAGAAACGGUGCUCGUGCUCGUGCGCGUGUUUGUGGACUGAUACCCAUGAUGAUGCUGCUGUUUUGCUGCUGCUGCUGCUGUUUUGUCAUCAUCAUGCAGCUGAUGACAUCGACAGAGCGUCGCCGAUGACGUCAUCGACGCGUUACAAACGUCUACUGAAUAAAGAAAUAACAGAGAAAUCCAAUUUACAAAAACCUAGAAGUGGGAUGUAAAGAAAUGAAAUAUAAAAUAUGAAGGAAUAACAAACAAAUAACACAUCUGAACUGAGUGAUGGAGGCAGCAGUGGAUCAACACUGACUCUGUCUGUGGACUUUGGUCUGUGAGCUACAGUAACAUCACUGACGACUGAACUAUCUAUGAACACACACACACACACACACACACACAGCUCUUCUCUCUGAGCAUCUUCAUGGAUUGAACAUCAGCAUCACUUGAAUCAUGUGACUGACGAAGAAUCUGAUCAACACAACCCAUGAUCUCUCUGUCUGUCUCUCCCUCUCUCUGUCUCUCUCAAACACACACACACAGAGUCAGCCUGUUUAGUCCACAGAUCACGUUCUCAGCUGCACUGAGCACAUGCGUGCUGAUGAAAAAACUCAUACAUUCUCUCUCUCUCUCUCUCUCUCAUCCUCUGUCACUCACUACCUCGCUCACCCUCAGCUGCAGUCACGUGCUACUCACACACAGAUGCACACACACACUCUCUCCUGGUGGGUCUUCAGUGAUGCUGUGACGCUGCGAUCUCUGCCUUUCUCUCUCUCUCUCUCUCUCUCUUUUUCUCUCCCUCUCUCCCUCCAGCCCGCUCAGUCAGUGUGUGUCACUGUGUCACUGUGUCUCAGCGUGUGUGUGAGUGUGUGCGCACGUGCUAGUCUGGAAUGAGGCGGUGGUCAUGUUUUGGGACAGGAAGAACAGUUCCGGCAAUUCCCAGCGACGACCCAAAGGGAGACACCGACCCAAAUCUGCAACAGGUACCGAUUGUUCUGGGAAACCAAUAAUCAAUCAGUGCAUCGAUGAAUAGAGCAGAGGAUUAACCAGUCUGGCUGUGCGUCCACACACACACACACACACACACGUGCACACACUCACAUGCACCAGUGCUCAGCCUUCAUUCAUGUUCUCACACGGUGUGUGGAUGGAUCUGGGAUUGGUCGCUUUGUCUGUCAGCAGUCAUUCGUCCAUCCAUCCACCCUUCCGUCCAUCCGUUGUCCAUCCGUUGUCCAUCCGUCCAUCCGUUGUCCAGCCGUCCAUCCGUUGUCCAUCCGUUGUCCAUCCGUUGUCCAUCCCACCUUCCCCUCCACCUCGGUCCUCUUCCUCUCUUCUCCACCUGCGACACAGCCGUCUCCUCACUCUGUCAGCUGUCAAUCAUCCAUCCAUAGAUCAUUUCUUUCCCGUCAUGUGAUCAUUCAUGUUAUUUUUUUUUUCAGUUCUUCACAUGACAUUUCCCAGAAUGCCUCUCUUUCUCCUUCAUGUUUCCUCCAUUCAGUCCAGUCUUCUGUCCAUGUCUGUCCAGGUGUGUCUCCACCCCCGCCUUCAUCCAUCAGUGCUCCUCUCCUCCAUCUCUGCUUGAUCAGGUUCAAAUGGACUUCAGUGUGUGUGUGUGUGUGCACGCGCGCGCAUGUGUGUGUGUGUGUGUAAAGCCUGAGGUUGUUUUGUAUUUCACACACACUGGCUGCAGUCUCUGUGGCCGCUGCUUCGCUGAGUGUGUGGAAGUGAUUACUCAUGGAUUCUUCAAUUGUCUCCGUUAAAGAGAGAGAGAGAGAGAGAGAGAGAGCGAGGUAGAGAUGAUGCUGAGUGUAUGUGUGUAUUUGUUGGUUGCAAAUCUGAGAGAGAGAGGGAGAAGGAAGGGAGGAUGAGAAACGGGGAGAGAAGGAGGUUAGGUGUUAGAUGAUGGUGGAGUGAAGAUAAAGGAAGGAAGGGGUGGAGGUGCAGGACGCACACACACACACACACACACACACUCUGCAUUCCAAACAAUUGUUGCUCCUCCACAUGUGACCUUGACUUUAUCAGAACCUGGAACUGUUUUAUCUUCACAAACACAGAAACUGGUUUGAAUUCUUGGCGUCGUCUGUAUCGUCCAAUCAGCUUCUUCAUACACAUUAAUAUGUUUCUUCACAUGCGUUGUAAUACACAUCGAUACACACCAAUACACUCUUCGUCUUGUUCUUACACCUCCAGACACAUUACACUAUCGCUCUUUAUUGCAGUCUAAUUCACUUCAAUACAGCGCCCCCUGCAGGAGAGGACGUCUCAGUGGUCACAUGACCUAUGAAGUAUAAACAUGGUCUGUUCUGUUCUUUGACUACUACAGGAUGUCAUUUUUCAGUGGUCAUCAGUGGAGAUGGGUGGAGGAAGAGGAGGAGGAGGAAGAGGAGGAACAUGCUAACAUAUGACGAGUCAGAUGUAAGAUGUCGGAAAGAACAGUAAUUAUGAAGAAGAAAAAGAGGGGCAGAGACAGGAAACAGCCUCCUUAUGUGUGAGAGGGAACAAGGCAGCGGUUGUGGUUGCCAUGGCAAUCACCCAGGUGCUACAGUCGGUCAAAGUUGACACUGUUUGGUAUGUUGAUGCUUACGUCCCGAGUGACAUCAGGACACAGUCAACACCAGUCAAUGUUCUCCAGAAGAUGGUUGGAAAGUUCAGGAGGCUGCAGUUCUCCUUACUAGCAGCUAGGGGGCUCCCUAGAUCAGUUUGGUGGAGUGGAGUGUAGAGGACAACAGUGAAUAGAAGCAUCAGCUGUGAAGUGUUGACUCUGGUUGAACAGACAAAGAACUCUGUUUCCUGUUCUUUUGAUUCUCUUUAGAGGAGAAACAAAACAGGAGACAAGUGAAAGCGUGAGGAGCAGUGUGAGGAGGUGCUAUAGGAACACAUGUUACAGAGUGAGGUGGUAGGAGGAGCAGUGUGAGGAGGUGCUUCGAUCACAGGCAGGGAGCAGAGGAAGUCUGUGUGUGCUCCGUUUCCUUUAACACUUCCCUCCUCCUCUUCACUCCUUCUCCUUCCUCAUGUUUUUCCUCUGACACACUGGUAACUGCUCGCACUGAAGGAGGCGCUGAGGUUUAGGAAAUCUGCCUCUGCUCCUCUUCCUCCUCCUUCGUCUUGUUCUCCUUCGUUGUACUUGAAAGUGUCGGGACAGACUUUGGUUCAUGUAGAUGGUCAUGGAGCUGUUCUGGAUCAGAGCUGCGGUCAGUGGUUUAGACUCAGAUCGCAGCAGUAGACGCCUUGUCGGCAGCAGCAGCAGCAGCAGCAGCAGAACCUCCGACAGAGGAGGUGGAGGAGCAGCAGGAGCAGGAGGUGGUGGUGUCGGUGGCAGCGGCAGUAGCGUCAGCAGCAUCAGCAGGGACGGCAGCGGCCCCUCCCACUUCAGGUCUCCAUGGCAACAGAGCGUGAACGUGUUUGGAGCGUGGAGCAGGCCCGAGUGUGUGGAGGAGCUGCACCAGGAGGCGCAGCUCAACCUCCAGAGCCUCCUGCAAGAUUUUGAGGAGCAGUUGUACGAUUCCAAACUGACAGGUCAGACCUUCAGACAUCCGUCUCCACAGAGCUCUGACGACACAUCAUCAAGACCUGACUUUAUCUUCCUGCCAGCCUCCAGACAGCUGUAUGACGAUGAAACCACCUCCUCAGUCUUUGGACUGAGGUCCGUCACUGACCCGUCUCCGUCUCCAUCCCCGUCUCCCUGCGGCUCAGACCGCCCCCCGCUGGUCUGGAGCAGUAACAACAGCAGCAGCAGUACGGCCACGUCAGGGAACGUCGGACCUCCUGUGGCCGAGAAACCACGCUGGAAUCCAGGGAGACGUACGCCGGCACAAUUCGUACCACCUGACAUCACAGGUGAAGGAGGAGGAAGAAGAGGGGGAGGAGGAGGGGGGAAAUUCCACGGCGUGGACCUUCUCCAGCACUCUCCGUCACCGUCACCUUCUCCAGGAGAACCCUUCCCCCACCAGCCUCACUCCCUGGAGCCGGUCAGUGAGUCCGCCCACCAGAACCUCCCCCUGAGGAAGACGCACUCAGACCUGGACUCCUCCAGCUCAGCUGCAGAUAAAACCUCUCAGAAUCAGCUUCACCCAGACACUAUGGACCACUCUGGCCUGCUGUGUUCAAGCUCGUCCUGGAACGGCCCGAAAGGAUCCACCUUUUCUCCAGGUGUGUGGAACGAGUCGUACGCUUACAGUUCCAACAAAGGUCCGGCAGUCCCUCCCAAACAGCACACCAUCAUCGGUCAUACCGGAGGGGCAUUGCAGGGAGAUGCAGUGAUGUUGGUGAGGUCUGGACAUUCAAUGAGUUCCCAUUCCAGCUCUUUCACAUCAGUGACCGAGUCCUCAGAAAAAGGAGGAAAUGCCAUGCCAGUGUUGGGAAAGAGGAGCGAAACAGAGGGAGCUGCAGCAGAUGGAGGAAGAGGCGGAGGAGGAGGUGCAGGAGGAGGCGGGGAGGUAGUAAGAGGCAGGGAGAGGUCGGCAAGGUCCAUAGCAGCACAAAAUGCAUUCAAGUUUCGGGAGAGGUCUCUUUCUACGCCAACGGAUUCUGGUUCUUUCUGCUUCACUGACAGUGGCAUGGAGCAGCCAGACGGGAAUGUUAUAUCUUCAAGAAAUGGGAACGCUUUUGUAAUGACAGACCACCACGAGAACUACGCUCUUCUCUACCCCAGAGGGAGUUCUGAGGACAGUGCCAGUACUGCGGACACAAUCUCUGUUGCAGCUUCAGACUAUAGCACAGAGGGACGCUUACGCAUACGAUCCCGCUCCAUUUCUUUGAAGAAGUCCAAGCGCAAGCCACCGCCUCCUGUGAGAAGUGUCUCCCUCAUGAAAAACAUUGGAGAAGCUGAAGGGAGAAUCCACAGUGAGAGUAGACUUUAUCGGGACGGUCGGCCAAAGAGCCUGCAUAUCCCGCGGGAACAUUUCCCAGACUUCCAGCCGGACUUUCUCCUACCUAGCUGCUCUAAAUCCAGUGGCAGUGAGAGGGAUCUGGUCAGUGGAGGCAAUGAUGGACCUCCAAGUCUGGAGGUUCAGGCUCCUGAAGGAGAAGGAGAAACAGAUCUGGCCUUCUCUACUCACUGGCAGCUCGGGGAGUGGAAGAAUGACCCCUACAGGUCUUUGUCAGGCUCCAGCACAGCAACAGGUACCACAGUGAUUGAAUGUAUGAAAGUCAGAGGUAGCUCUGAGUCCCUUUUGGAUUCUCCAUCUACAUCCAGAGCCACCUCACCUUCACAGCUCUCAACAGAACACGACCACAAAGCAUCCUCACCCUUCAAGCCCCCUGGACUCAUGUCCCCAUCCAGUGGCUAUUCCAGCCAGUCAGAGACUCCAACCUCAAACAUUCCUCUUAACCAAGCUGCAGGCCCAGGACCCACUGGGACCUUAGGGUGUAAAAUGCGCCCAAAGAUCCCGGAAAGGAAAUCUUCUCUACCUUCACCCAAAGACCCGAAUGCUAGGUCUCGGUUGUCCUUUGAAAUGCCAGGUAGCGCACAUCUAGAACUUUCAUCCAUCAAGCCUAAGCAAAAGGCUAGUCGACGACAUUCUGACACCUCCACAGCAGCAAAACCAGGAAAAAACACUCUCAGUUCUUCCCAGGCUUUGCCUGUGGUUACCCAGAAUGAGCUAAAGACUGUCCGGCUCCGAUCAGUGCCACGCAGUGACCUAGAGGACUGUCCUGAUGGUGCAUCUGACACCAUUGAAGAAGAGCAGCAUGGUAGAGAACUUUGCGAAGAUCCCAGCCCUCCACCAACACUACCCAAACCCAAGCCACCAGUCGCAGUCAAACCCCCUUUGCCUAAACGGCCUAUGAAUCUCCUCCUUAAGUCUUCAUCCCCUUCCUCUACCUCACCUCUUGCCCCAGACUCUCCCCCUUCUUCACCCGUGGAUCGUCCCGUGCCUUUGGGUAAUAUCUAUAAAGUCAUGAAGAAACCCAAACCCAAAAAACCUCCACCACAAACUUCAGGUCCUUCAGGGCUGGUGGAUUACACUUCCACCACAAUACCUAUGGCACAAGCUGGCUAUGACCACGCACUGGUCCCCAACUCCCUCUGUGAUCUUCCUCCUCUCCCAGAUCCACAGCCUCUCCUGGAGGAUCCGAUGUUAGAGCCUGAGUUUGAGGCUGACUCAGAGAUAUGUCUUAGACCCGAGGAAGGAGGCUCACUCCCCUCACCGUGUAGCAACCAGGAAAUCCAGGAGUUUUGGAACAAGAGCAAGACACUUCCCCCCAGGAUGACCAUGCCCUGCAUGACAGAAUUCCCUGACAGGAAGAAGGCCAAGGUCCCUCCACCUGUUCCAAAGAAGCCAAAUGUUCUGCUUCUCCCAACAGCAGUUCAACCUUCCACCAACGGUAGCACAGACCGACAGAUGCCACAGGCUGACAGUCCUGUAGGUCUUCGAUUUCCAGUGGAAUCCUUUCCUCUAGAUGAUGUUCCGUCUGCUCCUAGUUUUACGGACUUCCCGGAGCUUGAGGUGGACCACAUGGUGCCAGACGAAGAGAGUUCAAAAGAGUCGUCGCUUCAGUCGUCCCUACAGGAUUCGUCUCUCACUGAGCUGGAAGCAAAGAUGGACACCACAAGGAUUCAGGAAAAUGAUUCAAGUGAGAAAACAGUUCUGCACAUCGCAGAGGACACAGAUGAUGACUUCCUGGCCAGCACACCUGCAACACACACCACCGAAGACCUCUUUACUAUUAUACACAGGUCCAAACGUAAAGUUCUGGGAAGAAAGGAACCGCCUGACUCUUUCGGCAGUCGGCAGAGUCUGGUGUCUCCAGUGAAGCACAGCUCCGGUGGCAACGAAUACCGAAACAUGACAUUAGGUAGUAGUCAGAGGUCCAGCUCCCGCAACGAGAACUUCAUGGCUCUGCUCCAGAAAAAAGGCAGCAAGUCUUCCAGCGGGGGCGCCAGAGUCUCAGCCAUGGAGCUCCUGAAAAGCACAAACCCUCUGGCACGACGGGUCACAGAAUUCUCCAACACCUCUUUUGGGGCCGAGGAAGCAGAAACUGGAUCUGGGAUCAAACCCAAUGACCAGUGAAAAGGAGAAUCCGGUUAUAGACACUUCCCAAACAAGUCAUUCUCAGCAGACAGGGCCCAAGGACCUAAAGGGACUGCUCCAACAUCUGACUGACCAUUCUUUCUGUCCAGAAUGGUCCCUCCCAUGCUUGGAGCACCUUUGUCAAAAUGGUCCUUAAAGAAAAAGGGGGAAGAAUCCCAGACCUCCUCCCUAGGAAUUUCCUCCAUAUUGGAAACAGGAUGGAUUCAUGGGUGAGCAGAGAAAAUGCUGGGAAUGUUAAAAAAUAUAUAUUUUAUGAGAUCAACGAAUGGCGACAGUUUUCUGAAAGCAGAAAAAAGUUAUCCUGAUGACACAACAAGGGAUUAGUAAUCCGUUGAAAUCCCAGAGAAUGGGACAUAGAAGACGUUGCAGAGACAUUGGAACGUAAUAGAAACCAUGACCCUGUGGUUAGGAAGCUGGGAAUGCAGAGAUUCCCUAAAAUCAUCUGGAGUCUGUCCUGAAAAGCACUGAUGUUCCCAACAUUUUGUUUUAUUCUCAACUGGGUUUCUGUGUUUUACCACAGAAUUCCCAUUGUCCAAAAAGUUUUUUUUUCUGCUAUCGUCAUGUUUUUAUCAUCUUUUGUCCCUCCAGGGGGGGUUGUUGCUUUAAAUGCACAUUCCCGCCUGUUUUCCACAGAAUUUCUCUCAUCUAUAUUGUUUGGACAGAGUUUCAGUCAAUCCCAAUGGAAUUUUCUGUUAUUUCAAACAACUCGUUCCUGACUGAGUUCCUUAUUUGUCAUUAACUUUGUCAUAUUUUUGUAUUUUCCACCACACUGUCAUUUGUUUCUACAGAGAACAACCACAUGGGAGCCUUUUUUCCCACCAAAGACAAGGAACAAGGAAUGAUGUUCCUUUACUCCUGUGACAAACAUGAACCUGAAUCUUUACAAAACAUUCCACACACACAGCCAAUGGAUGACGAAAUGUCGGACUAAAACAACAAAAGCACUUUUUUCCCCAUGGAGCUCAUUACACGUUUACACUCGUUUUGAUCUGUCACUUUGUUUUUGGACUAACUGUCCACGUUCUUUUCCGUGUUCUGGGAUUUUCUGGAAUAUAUUCUGUACAAAAGAAAAAAAAAGUGUCCAUAUCUGGAAAGAGCUUAACAUCACCCCCUGGAGGACAAAGACGCAGAGUACCAGGGGAUGCCAUGGAUUUCAGGCAUCGCUGAUGUUUGUGUGAACGACGGCGUUCCUGUGGAGUUUCUGUUCAGAAACAGUGAAACAGGAUUUAUUUUCAAACAGGGUUUUUAUUCACGUUUAGUCUCCGAUGAUGGAAGCAGAACUAGAACCCGAGGAGACCCACUUCAGUGUGUGUGUGUGUGUGUGUUUCCUUCAUACUCACAUCAUGGAACCAUAAAAGGCUUGGCUCCUGAAGGAGGUUCUGUUAGAGGAAUGUGCAGGAAGCAGACGUGUCAAAGAAGAGUCAGUGAAAACGUUCUCAGCGGUUUGUCCAUCCAUAAUCAUAAAAGUUACCUCAUCUUCGCUUCUUUGUUUGGUUUUUGUUUUUUAUUUAUUUUAUGUCAGCCGUCCUUUUUCCCUUCUCUCUCCCUAAUGAAAGAUCUGAUCUUGGAUAGAUGGAUGGACGGAUGGAUGGACAGAUGGACAGGCUGGAUGUUCUUCACUGAUGGACAUGCUCAUCUUUUGUACAGUGGACCAGCAGCCAAGCUCUCCGGGUUCUGGAUCCCCUCACCAAAGGUUCUGUUCCAUCUGUAAUGUCGUCUGUUCGGAGUCAAACCUCUGACCUCCACCUCCCAACCCAGAUCCUAAAACCUGCAUGACCCUGACCACAUCAGAGAGAACAGGACAAGCUUUUUUCCCCCACAUCCCAACUGUUUCCGGUGCUACUGGCUCAGAGCUCCCCCUAGUGGAUGAAGACGUCACACACUCUCUUCUUUGGUUGUUCAUCCUCAUCUAAAGAAUUUGAAGAACAACGUGUAAACAUUUACGAAGGCUUGUUUUAAAUUCUUGGUGAAUGAAGAAAAAGCUGUAAAACUUUGUGUUUGUUUGCCUUGUAAACUGAAUUGUUCUUUUUUUAUUUUCUACCUUUUUAAUGACGAUGAUUCAUGAUGAUGAAACCAACAAACUCAGCUGAGAGAAAACUGAAAAAAAACCUUCACAAAACCCUGGACAAAUGGCUAAAAAAAUCCACCUUCUUUAAAUAGAGUUUGGUCUGAGUCUUAGUAGGCCACAUGUAGUAUCCAGAAUGUGGGUCACGUGAUUUUUUUUGUGUGUGUUGGCCUUGAUACACUCGGGUCCACAUCUGGGAUCCAGCACGGCCCACAUUUUUAUGCUUCUCUGUUGGACAAGCAAACCUGUGUGGUCCACAUCUGGUACCCAGAAUGUGGGCCGUGUUCUUCUGACCCGGUGUUUGAUCAUAGACACCUGCCUGGUGAGAGAGUUGAUCAAGAGAUGUGACCCACAGUCUGGAAUCCAUCUGGGUGCCUUAAGGCCCAUGAUUCAUGCGGUCUACAGGACAAAUGAAAGAAAGAUGUGUGGCCCACUAGUGGGCCAGACAUGAAAGCAAUGUAGGAGUUUUACUUUGAAAUUAAGACACAGGGUGAUGUUAGAAACAAAUAUUUUUAUGUUUUUAUUUUUAUGGGAGAGUGAAAAUAUCAAUGAGAGUAGGCAUGGCUUCAGGUGUGGGCCACAUAAACAGUUGUCUGGUCCACAUUUGGUAACCAGAAUCCUGUAUAUGUACCUAUAAAAAGCGUCCAGAAAAGGACAGAUCUUAGAAGAAACCUAAAGUAUCCAGAGUAAAGAAUCUUAUUUCCUGUGGUGGAGAAACUCCACCUGUAACUCCCUGCCACCAUGACGUGACCCAGCCCACUCUCCCACAACAAUAAUGGGAUGUAACCCAUGAAUUCGAUAAAAGAUUUCAGGUUUAUAAAGAAGCAGAGAAUAGAGAAAGUAAAAUGAGUUUAUUCUAUUUUUGUUAAUCCUCUGUGAAUGGAAGAUAUAUUAAAAGGAAUAUUCUGUAAAUUGACCGUACUAUUGAAAUAUUACUCUCUAACCCCCCCAUCCAAUGGUGUGAUGAUGUAGCCCAGAUGAGGAUGAUGUUCUCCUCUCUUCUGUUCACUGCUCAGCAAUGCCAAUGUCAUGAAAUUAAUAAUUAUAUCAGUAUAAAUAAAUUAUUUUUAUUGCAUUAAACAUCACAGUUAUCUUGCAUCAUUUUUUUAUCUCCAUUAAAUCAUUUGGUGAAGUAUCACUUGGUGACAAAGUAAAGUGAGCUUCAAGAGUGACAUGUUCGCUGUUGCUAAAGUAAACCUGAAAUAUAGUCUUAAAAAACUACAGCUAUAGCUGA